AUGGCGACCGCAUCAUCUUCACAACAGCAGCAGCAGGACUCCGUCACUGCGGCGCAGCAGAAGAGCAUCGAAGAUCUUUGCAAGACCGCUCCACCUAUGGAGGGCGCAUCACUCAUCGUCGUCUCCAACCGCCUUCCCGUCACUAUCAAGGUCGACCCUUCCGUGCCAGGCGGCUACACAUUCAGUCUCUCCUCCGGUGGUCUCGUCUCGGCGCUCUCAGGAUGCAAGAAGACCAUGAACUUUACGUGGAUCGGAUGGCCCGGACUAUCCGUUCCGCCUAAAGACGAGGAAUACAUCGAGAAGCGCCUUCGUGAGGAGUACAGCUGUCAGCCCGUCUGGAUCUCGGAUGAGAUCGCUGACCGACACUACAACGGCUUCUCCAACUCGAUCCUUUGGCCGCUGUUCCACUAUCACCCCGGAGAGAUGAACUUCGACGAGACCAACUGGCUCGCUUAUCGCGAGGCAAAUCUGCGCUUCGCCGAGAAGAUCCGUAGCAUCGUCCGACAAGGCGACAUGGUAUGGGUGCAAGACUACCACCUCAUGCUGCUCCCGCUGAUGCUCAGGACGCUCAUCGAGGGAAGUGAGCAGCAGGGCGCCACAUCCCAGCGCGAGCUCGAGCACGUCCGACACGGCGUUGACGGCACACUCCAGCUCCAGGACGACGAUCUCCUUGCGGCACCUUCAGCAUACGACUCGUUGCGAGGCGGUCGACCCAGCUCUCCUCCACCAGACGACGAGGGCGACUACGAAGGCCGCGAUUCCGCCACCCGCAACAACGGCAACACCACCGGGCGCGGUCUCGGCACCAGCGAUGGCUCCAGCGGCCGAGGCUCGAUCAAGAUCGGCUUCUUCCUUCACACCCCCUUCCCUUCCUCCGAGAUCUACCGUAUCCUCCCCGUGCGUCGCGAGAUCCUGCUCGGCAUCCUGCACUGCGACCUCAUCGGCUUCCAUACGUACGACUAUGCGCGACACUUCCUCUCCUCCUGCACGCGCAUCCUCGGUCUCCCCACCAUGCCGAACGGCGCCGAGUUCGAAGGGCGCUACGUGCACGUUGGCACCUACCCGAUCGGUAUCGAGCCGAGUCAGUUCGAAGAUGGUCUGCAGCGCGCUAGCGUCAAAGAGCGAAUCAAGAGUCUGCAGCGUCGUUUCGAGGGUGUCAAGAUCAUCGUCGGUGUCGAUCGUUUGGACUACAUCAAGGGCGUGCCCCAAAAGCUCCAUGCUUUGGAGACGUUUUUGCAGGACCACCCGGAGUGGGUUGGGAAAGUUGUGUUGGUUCAAGUGGCCGUGCCAUCGCGACAGGAUGUGGAGGAGUACCAGAACCUGCGAGCGACGGUGAACGAGGCGGUGGGUCGGAUCAACGGGCGGUUCGGGACGGUCGAAUCCAUGCCGAUCCAUUUCUUGCAUCGUUCGGUGAGCUUCGACGAGCUGUGCGCGCUGUACGCCAUCAGCGAUGCCUGCCUGGUGACUUCGACGAGGGACGGGAUGAAUCUGGUUUCGUACGAAUACAUCGCGUGCCAGCAGGAGAGGGCGGGUGUCAUGAUCCUCUCGGAGUUUGCGGGUGCUGCGCAGUCGUUGAACGGCUCGCUCAUCUGCAAUCCGUGGGACGCAUUCGCUGUGUCGGACGCGAUUCACGAGGCGCUGACCAUGCCGACGAAUGUUAGGAGGGAGAACUUCGAAAAGCUCAGUCGGUACGUCAAGAAGCAUACCGCCAGCUGGUGGGGUUUGAGCUUCGUUAAUGAUCUCAAACGGAUCAAGGUCGAGGAUGGCGCGGAGAGUCCUGGUGCGGGUGGAAGCAGUCUGAAUUCGAGGCCAUGA